AUUGGCUAAGGUUGCCUGGGAACCAGGAAGGUUGAGGCAGUCUGGAUGGAUUGUAUACUAAUGUUAAGUAGAGUAUUGUGGACAAAAGUAGAAGUCCAAACAGGUUAAUUAAAUAUCCACGUAUUAACUUAGUUUCUUAAAUUGAAGCUAUUUCUUUUAGCUUUGUACAUAGAGUGUUUUAUUUGUUUACUUUUUGGUCUUUAUUUUGUCAUGAGCAGAUGUCCGGCUGCAGCUCGCAGCUCCGGCUCAGUCUGCAGCCCACAGUUCACUUGUUCUCUAACACAGAUGUCCAGCAUGUUGGACACCGCUGCAGAGCAAAUGAUGGUCGAACAAGACUUCCAGGAAGCCUUCGACACAUGCGACAGAGGCCUGGGAAGCCUCGCAAAUAUGGACCAAGAGGACAGCAGGUGUGGAGAGCUUAAGGCUGGCUUCUGCAUGUUAGGGAUGCAAGCACUGGCUGAGCUGAAUCAGUGGCAGGGAGUCCUGUCCUGGAUCAUCCAGCAGUACGAGCACCAGGAGAAAAUACCAGCCAAAAUAAUGCAGAUGUGCAUUCUUCUUUACUCCAAGGUGGGAGAGCCAGCCAUGAUGCAGGAUGCAGCCAGAGUUUGGUUACACUGCCCGUCCAACAGCAGAGUAACAGGGUUUGGGAUGGUGGCGGAGCUGUACCUGCUGCAUGUCCUUGUGCCUCUUGGAGACAGAGAUGAGGCUCUGCAGCUGAUCCAUGGCGAUGUUGGAAGCUUUGCAUUUACAGAAGAUCAGAGGCAGACGGCACUGGAUGUUGUAGAAGAAAAAGAGCGGAGGAAUGAAGAACUGCCCCCAGACCCUGGGAUCAGACCAGACUCUGAGAUUGCAACUCACUCAACCACAGGAUCUGUAAUCCGUAAACUUGAAGCCAUGCUCAGGUGUUUCUACAGAAAAGUGUUGUUGGCCGGCUCUGGUUCAUUCUCUAUCCGGAAAGUCUUUAUUGCUGCUGUUCUUCUUUACAUGCUUCUCCUUCGAACGGAUCCAGCUCUUCCAUCGUCAUUCAUGUGGAUUUCCAAACUGCUCCAGCUGCUCAGACAGAUGUGGACUGCCAUGUUUGCACCGUACCAUCAGGCUCUUACACAGAGACUGUAAAAGACUGAAAAUCACAAUGAGUUUGACAACAGUAUAUGUGUAUACCAUCACUUUGUGAGUGUGUAUGCAGAGGCCGACCUAGGGACAUUUUCAUGGGGCCACAAAGGGUUGCAUAAAGGGAAUAACAUAUGAAGAUGAGCAUAAAAUGUGGUCAUAACAGAAUAUUAAGAGACUUUAGGGGUUGGCAAUGUGGCAGAAUAUAAGGGCUACGAUUUAAUUGUACACAGUAGUCACAUUUAUCAAUAUUUGCUUGGAAAAUAAUAUUUUAACUCGAUGAUAUUAAAAUAAUGUGGCACAGGUAAUAAGCACUACAAAGAAAUACCAAAGGGUGAUAUUAGAAAUCCAUGAAUGUCCUUUUUUCAUUUAACAUGACCCUAUCUCUUUGCAUAAAAUAUGGCAAUUAAAGACUAUUCUACAUUGUGUUUAUUUUUAGAAAUAUAUAUUUUUAACCAAUCUUUAUAAUAAUGCAAUUAUAGUGAUUCAAUUGUGGUGAAUAAUAUGUCAAAUCCUGGUAAUUUUAUUUUAACUGUUUUUUUACAGUUAGGAUGACAAACGUUUUAAUACAAAAGCAUGUAAUGAAGACAUGAUACUGGCAACGGAAUGUUGGAUAAAGGAAAUAUAAUAAAAGGAUGACAAAUAUGAAUGAAAUGA